GCCGCGGCGCAUUGUGGGUAACGGGGGGACAAGAUGGCGGCGGGCGCCGCUGCCCUCAACUGGAGGCGGGUUUCUUCCUUCACGGGGCCGGUGCCCCGAUCCCGGCACGGGCACCGCGCCGUGGCCAUCCGAGAGCUGGUCAUCAUCUUUGGCGGAGGCAACGAAGGCAUAGCCGACGAGCUGCACGUGUACAACACCGGUACGGGGUGUGCGGGAAGCGGGGGGAGUGAGAGAGAGAGAGAGAGACACUGAGGGAAAAGAAGGCAGGCAGGCGGGCGAAUGGUUGUUUCAGGUAUCCGGACUCGCGAGGCACCUGGCGCCGCUUUCGUGAGGGCGGCCGUCGCCCCGAAGAGGGCUCGUGUGGGGUGUGUCUUGUCUGAGAAGAUUUGCCUCAGAGGAGAGCGCGGCGGCAUCUUAGCGGCGGGGCAGAGAGAGCCUCAAGCCCCGAAAGCUUAAGCCGCCACCACCACGACGACGACGGCGGCGGCAAGGGCGGCAUCUUCCUGGCCCAGGUGCUGCCGGUGCCUGCCGUGGAGCGCCCCCCACCCCCGUGGCAUUUGCACUCCCGCCGCGCUCAAGGGCAUCCCCCUGGAUGGUCCCUAGAAGGAAAAGGAGCAAGGCUGAGGCGGCUUGAUCCGAGGCAGCCCUGGCUGUUCUCCUGUUUUGUUUCGUCUCUUUCAUGUUCAGUUUGAGAGCGCUGGUCGGCCGUUGGGAGGGCGGGGUAGAAAUCAAAAUAAAUGUGAGGCAUCCUUUGUUCGCCCUCUUGGAUGCAGCAGGAGCCGAGCUUUUCAGCUUUGGGAAAGUGUCGCCGGGGCUGGAUGAAAAGAGAGGAAGAUGGAUGAAGAGAGAGGCUGGGUGUAUGUUUCUAUGACUUUACCUGACUUGCGUGUGUUGUGUUAGGUGGAAGGACAUUUGUUAAUAAGGGAGUUGCUGACAAAGGGAAGCGGGGGAGUUCUUCUUUUUAACUUUUCCUCCUGUGCCAGCUUUGCCCUUUUAAUAUACCGUCCUACCACCAGGGAUGGAGUUAUUUCUGUCUUAUAGCUUAGUGUGCUGUCGGGCAGUGCUGAUCAGAUGUCAGAUCAUCAUAGUGGGAAGGUUUACCUACAUGUAUAAUAGUACUGUAUUGAAAAUAACAACAAUGACCUGUGUUUGGGUCUCCCAAAGGUGUGUGGGAGAAAGGGUUUUUGUAAGGCUGCAGAUGAGAAAGGAUAGGUGAGGUAGGUCCAAAGAGAAUAUUAUAUGGCUGAAUACAGUGUUGAGAAGUGGAAUAAUAUAAAAAAGCAUGAUGCAUCCCUGCCAAAUGUUUCCUAAUCAGUUAGCAUUCAUUACUAAGCUUGCUUUCAAAAGCGUGGGAGUUCUGCAAAACACUCCACUUUCAUCUCCAAAGGGCAGUGUAGGGCAGGCAAGUUGCCUUUUCAACAAAAACUGACCAGGUUUAUAUAAAUGUACAGCAAGGCAUUACUGUAUAAAGCAACAUGGUUGUGGCAAAGUGUGACAGUAAAAGUUUGGAUGGUUGUAUCUGAAAGGGGUAUGUGUGUGUAUUUGAGGCUGCGAUAGGAGCUUGUUAUGUGGAGUCUGAUGUGAAGAUGAAGUUUGUGCACCCUGUGGAGAUGGUGUGCAUAUAUAGUAAGGUGUGGAAAGAUAAGCUGUGCUGGUGUUUUUCAAACUGAGGAAUGGGGUACCAAGCUUUCUGGAUGUCUCCUUAGGCCAGUGAACAGGUGGAGGAUAAAGCUACACAAAGUGUGGGUUGUGAUGGUCCAGCUGUCUGUUUGGGUAUGUAUUGGCUGGAUAUGAAGUGGAUGCUUGUGCUGAGAGAGCAGAAACGGGAUUUUGCUAGAGUUGAGUAUAUGAAAAAGUGAAAGGUUUGGAGUUGUCUGUCUAUGAAAAAAGUGUGUGCUUAGGCACAAGUGAGGAUACAGGACUUAAGUUACGUUUGUUUUGUUUGCAUUCAUAUUUGGUCUGAGAUAAUGUGAUGUUUAAAAUCUGCUGUGAGCUAACAUCUGCAAAUGAGCAGUGGCAUCUUUUUUUUCCUUUUGGUGAAGAUAAUUGGCCUGUAUAUGAAAAGUAUGAAUAUUUAGGAAAAGUAAAGUGGAAUCAGAUGAGGCAGGAAUAGGAUGUUUUUCAGUUUAUUUAUUUAAUGUAACUGACUGUUUCCCCCUUCUCCUGAUACUCAAAAUAGUGUUCAAAGCAGAAAUACCGUACAAGGAGGAGAUAACAUGAGGAUAAUGAGGUGUUGUUAAGAUUUCUCCUAACCCUCUUUAUCUGACUACAGACCUUUUUGUGAUUUGUUUAUCAGCCUGUAUGUGUUUGGCCCAAGAUAGCUGACUUAGGUGAGAAAAUGCAUCUUACUGAUUGGUGUUCUUUCUUGAAGUCUUCUAGAUCUUCUGCUUCAUGAAUUGUCUUUUUUUCCUUAGGUGGAAAGUAGGAAAUAUUCAGUUAUAUUAUCCAUGUCUAGAGAGUUAAACUUUUAUUUGAAAAUAUAGACUCUAAAACACCCAGUUAAAGUGUUAAGUAAUGUAGCAUCUGUUCCCUUUGUUAAACAGUGAAGUUUCUUCAUUGUGAUAUUUAAUAUUUAAAUCUACCUUUUGGUUUCUUGUUCAGAAUAAAAAUACUGUACCAAGCUUCAGACCUCAGGCUAUCUACUCUGUUUACAAAAAUGUUAUUUUCUGUGUGUUUUGAUCUAGCUACAAACCAAUGGUUUCUUCCUGCUGUUAGAGGAGAUAUCCCACCAGGCUGUGCAGCCCAUGGUUUUGUCUGUGAUGGUACCAGAAUUCUAGUAUUUGGAGGAAUGGUUGAAUAUGGAAGAUAUAGUAAUGACCUAUAUGAAUUACAGGUAUGGUGUUGCCUAAGAUCACUUCUCUAGUUGAGAAGAAACAAAUGCAACCUGUUACAUUUAACUAAUACCAAGGUGGAAUCUGCACACAUAUAAAAACAGUUCUGAAAAUGCUUUUUAGAAAAAGACUCACCAUCGCCAUCUAGUGUCACUUUGUAUAUUGCACUUAAAACACACUUAAAAUGUCUUAUUUGCAGCUGUAUAGCUGAGUCCCAAGAGAAUCAUAGGGUAAUUUAUAGCGUAAUCCUAUAAAUGUUUGCUCAGUUCCAUUGAGUGCAGUGGGACUUACUUCCAUUGAAGUAUAGGAUUGCACUGCAUAUAUCUUAUGUUUUUGGCAGGUAUCUGUUUUGCCUAUACUAAAAAUGGACACAGAGUGCUUAAGAAUAUGUUCUUGACAACUGGUACACACUAUAUAAUGCUCCCAAUAGCAAGUCUCGAUCUGGCACUUCAUGUGAAGCAUGAAGGUUUAUCCUGCACCCAUUUACCUUGGAGUAAGUCUCAUUCAACUCAAUGGGACUUACCUCUAAGUAGAAAUGAUUACACUGUUAAUUAUUUAAAACAUUUUUAUAGCAAUAAGUAAUCAUAACAAAAACAAAACCAUGAAACAGUAAGUGAUUUUCAUGGAUUUUAACCCCCAGUGUAUGUCUGGUAAACAAAAAUUAUGUUUGUCUUGUCCUGAAGACAUUGUAAAGUUGCUGUUAGGCAAGCACCUCUAGGGAAGAUCCAUAAGCUCGACACCACCACUGAAAAAGCCCCCAUUCACAAUUCUACUGACGAUAAAAUAAGCAAAAACUUCGAUCACUGGAAAAGGGAGCAGGCCUCUCCAUUUGCUUAUGUAGAUCAGGAGAAAUUGAUAAAAUGCAUUAACUGGAGGCUAUUCUGUCAUGAAUUUGUAUACAUAUUUUACUUUGUUAAUGUGUGAACUAGAAUAUCAAAAUAUGAUGAUUCCUCUGUUAAAGAUAAGAUAACCUGGUAAGAAAGUUUUAAAUGGGAAAGGAUUUUUGUCUCCAUGUCUCUUUAACUGAAGAAUUCUGCACAACCUGAUCCGCUUGACAGCCUCUUCAGGAGACUCCAGGUGGAGGGGGAUUGAGACAGUCCCUUUCCGCAAGCAUUUUUUUGACCUCUAAGCCACUAAGUGUGACUUAUGAGCAGAUGUAAGUUAACAUGCUCCUGUUCUGUUUUCAAGGCAAGUCGAUGGCUGUGGAAAAAAAUGAGACCUCAGCACCCAUCAACAGGCUUGCCACCUUGCCCUCGCCUUGGCCACAGCUUUUCUCUGUACGGCAACAGGUGCUACUUAUUUGGUGGGUUGGCAAAUGAAAGUGAAGACACGAACAAUAACAUUCCCAGGUACGCUGAUGAAACUGGAACAGAAUGUUUGGAAUUCUUUGUUUGGAACUAAUAUUUGAACAGUUUAAAAGGUGGGAAACAGUUCUAUGGCAAUAGUGAUUAGAAUAUAGCAUACCUGAAGGAUGUUAAAAGGGGAGUCUUGAAGAGGAAGCUUAGCAACCAGUUAUUGAAAUUUGAUCACCCGAACUUCUAGGACUUUGGAUUAUUAAUGUACCUUUGCAAUUCAAAAACAAAACAAAGAAUUCUAAUUUGUCAGUUAGUAUUAAUAACUUUUUGUUGAAACUUUGUUACUGAAAAGUAUUAUAAAAAUGAAUGGUGUGAUAGUGACUUUGGAAGGUUGUAUUAAUCAAAUAAAAGUUUUGAUGCUAUAGAAACUCUUCAAACUGUAAUCAGUAAAAUCUCAAGAAGUAUUCGUUUCUCUUUAGUAGUUCUAAGUUAUAGCAUCUUUGUAUGUACUUCAGUUUGGAAGUCAGUUGGUUACAGGGUGGAUAAAAAUAAAUGAUUUUUUAAAAAAUCAGAUUUUUUAAAAUAUAAGUCGGAUUUUUUUGAUUUAAAUGGGAUUUUAAAAAUAAAAUUCUUUUGGAGGAAAAAUAUAGUCUUCUAUUGAAGUUACAUUAUAGUCCAAAGGCUAUUAAUCAGGAACUAAGGAUUUGUUUUAAGUUUUUCACGUGUGCUAAAACUCAGUCAAAGUCUCUCCCCCCCGCAAUGUUUAACCACAUCAGUUAACAAACAUGGAUAUAUAUGCUGUAAUGUUAUUGUUUUAGUUAAAUAAAUUGUUUAAAUGGUUAUUACAGAAAUGAUUAUUUUUCUCCUUCCAAUAAAGCAGUAAAGUUGUCCAAAUAUAAAUAGUUAACUUAUUAAACCUCACCAUAAUUUCAUAAUUAUCUGUCUAUGUAUUUAUAAUAAUAUAACCAAAUCAGUAAUUUUUGAUAUAACUGUAAAAACUACUCUGAAAAUUUAUUAUUCCAAAAAUGAAACCUUCAUAUGGUUGUAAAUAUUAAGAUUAUACGAGCAAGAAUCUUUCUGUAAAAAAAUGAUUUAAAUCAAGUCUUACUGAGUAGUGAUUUAAAUCAAGCCUUACUGACUAGUGAUUUAAAUCAAAUCCACCCUGAUGGGUUAGACUUAUUUAAGGCAACUUAAAUAAGAAUACUACUUCAGGAAGGUAGAUAGCGUUGUAUCACAUUCUGUGUCGGCCCACUGAAAUCAAUGGUCUUACAUUAGUGAUGACUAGCAAUGCCAUUGCUUUUAGUGGAUCUUUACAGAGUUGGACGCAACCCACAGACUAGCUUUGGCAACUCUACAGGAAAAGAGAAUUCCAAAGUAAUGUGAUACCUCUUUUGUUCUUUCUCAAAUUUAGCCAGCUCUGCAAAAACACAUGCAGUUUUGUUAGUGAAACCGUAUUGAUAGGCUACAGUUUCCUUGCAGUAGUUCCAUAAAGAGGUCAGUGACCCUUUUGUUUGUUUCUUUUUAAUGUAUCUAGAUAUUUAAAUGAUUUCUAUGAACUGGAGCUACAGCAUGGUUCAGGCGUCAUGGGCUGGAGCAUUCCAGUGACCAAAGGAGUGCUGCCUUCACCCCGAGAAUCGCACACAGCUGUUAUAUACUGUAGAAAAGACUCGGGAAACCCAAAGAUGUUUAUUUUUGGAGGGAUGUCUGGCUGUCGACUUAAUGACCUUUGGGAGCUUGACAUAGGUGAGUACAGUGAAGUUACAAGUGUGAAGUUUUGUUGUAUUUUUGCAUGCUGAAAACUGAUUUGUUCCGAAGGGUUUCCAACUUUAAUUGCAGUGUUGGGAGGCAGCUGUGGAACUGGGACUGCCUUGACUUUGCCUUAGGGCAGUUUCACACAGUACACAGCAACACAUCCAAGUUUGCUGUAAUGUAUAUUCUGAACAAGGAGCUGUAGCUAGUCCUGGGUCUUUGUCGAGUGCAUAUGUGUGAUACCAUUCCCCCCCCCAAAUAGCAAUUGACUGCAUUGAAACUGAAUAUUUUAGGCAAUAACUUAUAAAAGGUGUGAAAAAACACCCUUUUAAGCUCAAUUUGUAGUAUGUUCUGACACAUUGCAGCAAUGGAAGCUGCAUUUGUUUGUCAAGAAUGUGAUAAAAUAUUCAGUGCUUAUCUGGUAAAGGAGAGUCCAUGCAGUGCAUUUUAAAAUCCUUGUUCACGAACCUGUAUAAUUAAAAACAAAAUAGUUUCAAUUGACGUUUUGAUGGAGGUUGUAAAUCUUUGUCCUAAAACUAUUGCUGUCCUUGCAAAAACGGUACUUGGAACAAGGUUCAUUACUCCAGAAUUGUAGGCAGAAUCUGGAUGGCACAGACCUAUCACCCCAAGUGCGGUCCUCAUAUCUUGGAAAGAUUUAUAUGAGCAGGAGAUCUAUAAAAGUCAAUAGAGCCUGUUCCUGUAGAUCCUUUUUGAGAGGUGAUGAGGCAGUGCAAAAUUAACAAUAUUUUGUUGGUUUUGCUGUCACUCUCCAUAAAAAUUACUUGGGAGCAAGUGAGCACCAGUCCUGGAAAAUCUGUGGGAGAUUACAGAUUUCUGUAACACCUGAAAUUGAGAGGAAAUUUCAUAAUUUAAAAUGUAAUAUUAUCAAGUAGCUACAAAUACUUUACUUGUUAUAUCUACAAUUCACAUAUUUUAUAUAUAACCCCUAGUACCUGCAUUCAUAUAUUCCAAAAGGCUUCUCUGAUCUUUCUCAAAACUGUUUAUGCUUAGCUCUUAUACAGUGUUUCCUGAAAUCUAAAAGAUGCACGAUAGUUUGUUGGGGUAUAGUUCAUAAAUAUUCAAGGAAGUAAACCCUGCUGUAAUCUUUUUGGUAAUAACUGCUAAUAACAUUUUUGUUUAGACAAGCCUACUUAGACAUAAAGAAUGUUGAUGUAUGUUUUCAUCUGUUGUUACUUUAUUCUGUUUUUUUAAAAAAUAUUUUAAAUAGUUGCUUUUAAAUGUUUUUACUGAUAAUUUUAUUGUGUGAGUCUCUUUGUAAAGUGCUUUGAGGUGUAUACAUUUUAUGAAAUAAAUAAACAAAAAAUAUUCUUUUUUCUCUGUCCCCCCUCCGUUUUUCUUAAUAGAAACAAUGACUUGGUCGAAACCAGAAAUUAAAGGGACAGUGCCACUUCCCCGUAGUCUCCAUACAGCCAAUGUAAUAGGAAACAAGUAUGUCUGUUGUUAAAAGCUCACCUAUAGAAAGGUACACCUAGUAGGAGACUGUUACCGUAGUGUUUGUAUUUAGGGAUCCUGCCUGUGUCCUUCUCUGUGAAGUGCAAACUGUGAAGUGCUUUUUGAAACGCUCUGCUACAGGCUGAAAGACUUAACUGUGGAAAUUGAAACAUAUUGCUUGCAUUUUGCUGAAUGCCUGGAAACUUUUCACUGUUUUAUUUGGGAAUAUUUAACUCUCUGCAUUAAAUUACCUGAAGUUAACAUCUUUUUGUGGGGGGAUGGGGAAAGGCAACCCCUUCUAUUAAUAGUGAGAGCUGCAGUAUUGUAGCUUAACAGAGAAGACUUGCCUUGAAUUGAGCAUAGUAUAAGUGACUGCAUUAAAAAAGAAUUCUGUGAUGAAUCACAAUGUCACUAGAAAAAAAUAUCUUAAAACAUCAACACUAAUAAAUGACAUUUCUGGAAGCUGCUCUUUAUUAGCUGAAACAAAAGUUUGAGAUGUGUAGAAAUUAAGGCCUGUUGUAGAUAAGAACUUGAUAUGUUUGGUUGUUUCAGGGGCUAUUAAUGUAAUUUUAACACUGCCACAGCCGUAUUUCGAUAUUUGAUCCAAUGCAGCAUGGGAGAUUGGGGUUGUGCCAGCUGAUCCACCUUCCUCCACUGUACCCAUCUGACUCCAUCCCCCAAAUAUUCACACAUUGGAUGUCCCAUUUUUAUAGCUUCUUAGGAAUAUAGGCCUACCCUAUCAUGUGUAGGCCUCGAACUGCUUGAACCAUAUGAUCUGCUACUUAUGUAUGCAUGACAUUCAAAAUGUAAACAUCAGAGCAGUCCAAUAACAGAAAGGGUAGGAUUCUGACUUUCCUACCACAUCACUUACUAUAUGUUGGAUUUUAUAUUUUCCUAGGGCUUCUGUUUAGAGCAAGACAGGGACAUAUGUCUCUAAACCAAAGUUCAAAAACCUGGUCUCCCAGAUGUUGGACAGGACUCCAACUUCUAUGAUCCCUCCUAUGAUUAGCCAUGCUGGCUGAGGUUGAUGGGAGUUGGAACUUAGCAAGAUCUGGAAGGCCAUAGGUUUUCUACUACUGCAAAUAAAUCUUACUAGCUUAAUGAAAAUCUAGCAUAAGUAAACUGUGAGACGCUUAUGCUUAUGUCUCCUUUGAUGGACAGAAUUGAGCAUCUGUAUAAAACACACACACACACACACACACACACACACACACACAAACACUCACACUCAUUUGUAUGUUUCUAUGCAAGGGAUUGAUUAGUUCUACAUCCCCUUCAUUUCAGUAUUGCUACAAUUUCUCUCAUGCCAUUCACAGAGUCCCUGCAUUUUGUCAUGUUAUAUGAGCUCCUGUUUCUCUGUCCCAGCUUCUGCCAACCUAGCAGUUCAAAAGCACACCAGUGCAGGUAGAUACCACUGUGGCAGGAAGGUAAAAGGCAUUUCCAUGCUCUCUGGCACUCACCACGGUGCUCUGUUGCGCCAGAAGCAAUUUAAUCAUGCUGGCCACAUGACCUGGAAAGCUGUCUGUGGACAAAUGCCAGCUACCUUGGCCUGAAAAGCGAGAUGAGUCACCUUUGACUGGAUUUAACAGUCCAGGGGUCCUUUUACUUUACUUACUAAUCCUAUAACCCCCACUCCAUUUUGCAACAGAUUGGUUAAAGGUACUUAAUGGUUUUGUUAUGUGGGACUGUAUUUGGUGAAACAUUCCAGUGCUUGAUAAUAGAUAGCUACAAACAGCUCUUUACUUGUGGUUGCUUCUUGCGAUAUAAACAUGUGGGAAGACUGUGUAUGUAACUUCCAGCUAUCUGCUGAGAGAAAUGUUACCAUACCUUUUCAUUGCAGUACAUUAUUUCCAUUUGUUAAACAGGAUUGGCUUUCCAUGUGGUUGCCAGCUAUAAAUUUUCAGUUUCCGAAACUCAUUAAAUGUACCCCAAAAUGGUCAACCAUGUGAUAAAUGAUUGUCUGUAUCUACAUGCUGUUCCUGAGACAGUUUUCAGAUUGUAUUUUGUAAGAACACAGAUAAUUUUGAUAGUUAACAACUACUAUUUUAAUUUUGAAAACUAAUUAUAGGGAUCCUAUGUUAACUAUAGCUUUUUAAUUAUGUGUGGCAUGGGGAAGGAGGUGGCAGGGGAGUCAAGUUCUAAUUAGUAAAUGCAAAGGAAGCACAGCUUUUUUAUUUAAAAAAUUGUCUGAGAAAUUAAUAUAGUGGUUGGAGGGAGUGUGCUUCUGAAUACUGGUUAUUGGAAACUGCAAGAGGGCAGAAUGCUCUUGUGUUUAGGUUCUCCCUGAGGGCUUCCCAUAGCCAUCUGGUUGGCCACUGUGAGAACAGGAUGCUGGCCCAGGUGGAUCACUUUUCUCAUCAAGCAGGCUCUUAUUAUGUUCUUAAUAUAGAAAAAAAGCUUUAGAAAAUAAAUUAGCUUGUCUCUUCCCACAACACCCUUAUAUUUGCAGAAUGUACAUUUUUGGUGGAUGGGUUCCACAGAGCACAGAUGAUAAUGUGUCUUCUCAAGAUGAAUGGAAAUGUACUGGCUCAUUUUCUUACCUAAACUUAGGUUAGUAUACUUUGCAUUUGUUGUUAAUUUACAGAGCAGUCCUCUAUACCAAAUAUUCCGGGGGUGGGAUACACUGCUGCUACAUGGGCAGAGGGAGAGAGGAAAAGUGGUGGUCCUGGCCAGUUGAGUGCUGGCCGCUUAUAUGGCCCUUGAGGGGAAAAAAUUCCUAGCCUUCAAUAGUCCUUGAAGAAAUGCUGCCCUUGACUUCAAAAUAGAUUUCCCUCUGCUACACAUGCCAAAAUGGGAAGGGGGGAAAUGCACAACCAAAACAUAAAAGUGUGGAGGAAAAAUGGCAAGCAAUUGGGAUGUAACAACAACAAGGGAACAUAUUAGGAACACACUCGACAUCAAUGGCAGUGAAAUUCCUUGUGCCAUGGUUGGUGUUUGUGCCAUUGCCAGGAAUGUGGCUGUUGAUUGAUGGAUAUAGGAUAUGGUGCAUGUGCUCCUUCUCCACAACACUACCGUGUUUCAGCAGUUUCACGGAUGUAGCUUUGAUAGUAGAACAGUUCCAUUUGCCAGUGUAUCUUGUGGCACCAUGCAUAAUGGGGCUUCUGCCAUAUCCUCUGUCUCCUCUGGCAAUCAAGUAAAUGUUCAGGUUUCAACAGGAAGAAGCAAAAUAUUUGAAGUUGGAAUCAGUUUUAGACCAAUGAUUGCACUUCAAUCUAUUUCUUUAUAAUAAAUGAUGGCCUACUUGGUUUUGUUAUAUACAACCAGCCAGGAGCACAACAUUUCUUCAACAUCCCAGUCUCUAUCCAAUGAAAGAAACAUUUGAUACAAACAAAAAUCAGCCAAAUAGACUCCUUGAUCUAAGGCUGACAAGCUAAGAUUCAGAAUUUACAGAAAAUAAAUUGACUAAUUUGCAUAUUCUUAAAAAAACUGUUAUGUGCAGAUAUUUGUCUUUGAAUUUUUAUAUCUGCUCAUAUCCGUUUUAUAGAUUGCUAAUUUUACAUGAUGUUGUGCAUCUGUAAAAUAAUGUAAGAUUUUAAAAAAUCCUAUCUUUGGACACUGAUUUUGAUUGUCUGUUUUAUUUACUUAGAUACCACAGAAUGGAUAGGUCUGAUAGGAGAUUGCCAGGAAGACAAAAAUAACCUAUUGCCAGGCCCAAGGGCUGGCCACUGUGGUGUCAUAGUUGGCACUCGUCUGUAUAUAUGGAGUGGCAGAGAUGGAUACAGAAAAGCUUGGAACAAUCAGGUUUGCUGCAAGGAUCUUUGGUAUCUAGAUACUGGUGAGUACCCGCUUAAUGCUUUUCAGUAACAUUACAGAUGGUUGUUAUAGCUUGUUUGAGUGUUACAUGCAUUUGGUUUUUCAAAACUUUCAAAAACACUGUUAUUGUGCAACUGAAAUUUGUAAGGAUCAUCCUUAUUCUGGAAGUCCACAUUUAGGGUUGAUUUAAACAUAACAUUAUCAAUUCUCCAACCCAGAUUCUGUAAGGCUGGCUGUGACCAAAGGUUUAUUUUCUCACACAAGUAAGUUGUAGGCAACCUGGUGGCUGUCUGUGGACUGGAGUGCUUGAUAGGUAGUUAAUUGCUUAUUACUUCGGUAAGGAACCUGUGCCAUUUGUUCUGCAAUUUUCAUUUGUGCAUAUACUUCCCAAAGGGAGGACACAGCCCUUAGAAAGAAAGGUCUGUAGGCUGAUAGGCAAAGCCAUGAUGUGGCCAAAAUCCUAAUAUCCCUGGAUUUCUUCAGUUUGUUCAGUCCUACCAGUUUUAAUGAGACACAUGCAAUCUUAACAGUGUGUUUUAUUGACAAAAAGACGGUUAUGGUUGGACUUACAGAUAGAAACAGUUGCAGCAUUAUAUUUCUUGGCUUUGCUUAAUAACCUGUUGGAACAUAGGCUUUUUUGGUAUCAUAGAUAAAUAUUUUGUUGAGAAAUCAUAGCCUGUUCUAAAACACUGCAUCCUAUUGGUAACUGGAGCUCACUAUUCUCCUUUAAGAGAAACCACCAGCACCAUCACAAGUACAGCUGAUCAGAGCUACUACUAAUUCAUUCCAAGUUAAAUGGGAUGAAGUUCCUACUGUUGAAGGUUAUCUUCUUCAAUUACAUUUGGAGAUGCCAUCACCUGUUACAGCUGAAAUACCUAUUAACAUGGCAUCCGAAGCACCAUCACCAAGUGUGCAAGGUAAGAUAGUCCAUCUUUAAAAAUCAUUUAUAAAUAAUAGGUGCAAUCUAGCUGCAAGGCUAUUCUUUCAAAGGCAUGAAUUGUGUUAAUUUUUGAAGCAAUGUGAAAGUAAAGUCAUUUCCCCCGCUAUAGCCCCAAAUGCACUUCGUGGAGAGGAUGGGGUAACUGAUCACCAUGUCACCCUUGCCUUGCCUUGUGUCAUUUCAUGUCAGUAGAGCAGGAAUCUGACUAAUCCUGUUACUUCCAUAGUUUCAGUCAGGUAUGGGAACAAGUAGAGAAUGCUGAUUCUUAAUGUUCCUUAUACCUUAUAAAUGUGAAGGAAGAGUCUGCACUGUGCUUCCUCCAAAGUGGGAAAAAAAUCAAGGGUGGGGAAAAAUAAUACAAUAUCCUUUAGGCACUGAGCUGAUGACUCCUGACUUACAUUAUAUGUUUCACUUUCGAAUAUGUUGUUAUGAGAAAUGGAGGUUUUGAUCGUAGAGAAAAUUCUUGUCUUUCUGACAUUGAUGAGGACUGAAACUGUGUUUGUGUGAUAACCAAAAUGGAGUAACAGCCCUCAGAGCAGCUAAAAGCUUUAUGUAAGAUUCUGCUGUUGGUCAUGCUUACAUUUAAAUGAAAGAUGGUUCUUUUCUCCAGCAAAGCCUAAAAUUAAUGAAUAUCAUCCUUCCUUCAGGAAUCAAGCUGGAUCUUCACAGCCAAACGCUCAAUAAAGUCCCAAACAACGUAAGUAUUUACUUGUGAAGGCUAUGAAUAAGAAUAAUUACUCUUGCUUGCCUGGAUGGACUGUGUGUGUGUGUGUGUGUUUUUGUAGAAGCUAGCCUACUGUUGCCACUGGCAUGUGGCAUCCCCAAAGGUUACCCAGAAGGGAAUGUGUUCCUUGAGCUGGAAAAGGUUUCCUGUCCCUUCUUGGGAGCCUGCUAGGCCACAUCAUUUAACUUGUGCAGGGGCUGAAAUGGAAGCAACAUUGACUCAAUGCACUGAUUCAUUACUACACAAAUCAAAGAGCUGUCCUUCUAGUGUGGGGAGCAACAGAAUCUUUGGUAGAGCUCUCCCUGCACACUGCUGCUUCCAGCAGGUGAGACACAGAUUAAUUGAAGUGUGCAGCAGAGAGGCAUAAAUUGAGAAUUCUGCCAAAGUUGCUCUUUCUGUCCAAGGAAGACUUUUGAUUGUGUCUCAGAUGCAAUAAGUGAGAUACAUAGUAUUGAAGGGCUCCCUUGGAAUUGAGGGCUAUGCUGUGAGAGCCUAGUGAAAUAUAAUUAUUAUCAAAUAAUUGCUGUUACUGUUCUUCCAUGUGUAGGUGCAAAUUUCAAUUUCAGAAACUAAAGUAAAGGUCUCGGAACCUGAAAAUGCAGAGAAAAACCAUUCCGCUUCCAAAGAGUCCAGCACCUCUUUAUGUUUGCCUGCUAGCACUUUAGGUAAGAAGAACCUAUGGGGCAGGUUAUAUUUUAUUAUUCAUUUAUUUCAUUUAUAUGCCACCCAGUGAUGGACCUCGGUGUCUCAAAUUUCAGUGGCACCCUGUGCGAUGCCAAAAUCUGCCCUCCCGCCUCUUGCCUUCCAUUGGAUGUAAUAGUGGUGGUACCUGCUGUGGCGUCCCAGAAGCUUCACGCCUGGGGCCACUGUCUCGGUUGCGCUUCCUAAGAGCUGCUUCUGUACCACCUUUCAAUAUACAUGGAAGCAUACUGUAUUGGCCCAAAUAUAAGCUGCACCUUUAAAAUUGAAGGGGGGCAAAGAAAAAACGAAAAAAUACCCGAAUAUAAGCUGUUCUCUUCCUUGCUGCUCCUGGCUGCAUACUGUGGGCGGGAAGGGGGGGAGGAACUGUGCCGCGCUGCCAGUGGCCUUUCCCCUUUCCCGCACUCUCCCUUCCUGGUCUUGGAGGAGAGGAUGGGGGAAUAUGAGCGGGGCAGGCGCCACUUCGCCACGCUCCUGGCGCUGUUUGCUGCAUACCGCAAGGUCGUGAAUAUAAGCUGUACUUUAACUUUUCACGGUCAAAAUUUGGGGAAAAAGUGCAGCUUAUAUUCAGGCCAAUACUGUGAGAUGCACUUGAUGAUAUAAACAGGACAAGAACACAUGCUCAGUUUAAUAAAUGAAGGUCAACUAAAGUUGAGUUGAGUGAAAAUAGUCCUUAUACAAGGGCAAAUGCUCUUUUGGAGGAUGCAGUUGGGUUUUCCAUAGCUGUGAGAAGUAAAAUAGCCUGUCAGUUCAGGCAAUAAGAGACAUUUCCACACACGGGAAGCAGGUUCAAAAACAAAAGUUUCUGUUUAUCGCUCUAUACUUUUGCUAGAUAAUAUGAGAAAAUGUCAGUGAUCUUGAUAGGAACUGAGUUAUUAAAAUCUGGCUGGAAUAAAUGGCUUUGAUAUGGUAUGCAGUAGAGCUUGCUUAUCUUGUCUGUUCCUGAACAGCGUCUUUUCUCCUGAGAACUCCUGCCAGAGCUGUAUUGCAAGUUCUUCUUGGUGUAAUUUAAAAAACCAGCAUUUUUAAAAAAGGAGAUAAACUGUGAUAUGUAUCAUUGGGCCCAUGUGUAAGGCCUGCGAGGGAUGGUCUUUCUGUUAGACAGAGUGAGGCAGCCAUGCACUCAGUAAUAUAUAUUAAUUCCAAACCAUCAUACCUGUUCCUUCCACUCUGCAUAGCUAUAUACUCUCUGUAUAAUUAUAUAUACAGUGGUACCUCGGUUUAAGAACAGUCCUGUUUACGAACGAUUCAGUUUACGAACUCCGCAAAACCAGAAGUAGUGUCUCGGUUUGAGAACUUUACCUUGGUCUAAGAAGGGAAUCCGGACGGUGGAAGGGCACCGGCAGUGGGAGUCCUCAUUAGGGAAAGCACGCCUCGGUUUAAGAACGGUUUCGGUUUAAGAACGGACUUCCGGAACAGAUUAAAUUCGUAAACCGAGGUACCACUGUAGUUGCUAUUGAUACCGGGUAGUUUUACGGUUUCCUAAAUUGAAAGUCAGCAUUAAGCUAUGUGUGCAUCACACAAAAUAGGAUUGAAGCUUUCUUUUUGAAAUACAUUUGAACAAUAGCUGCUGAGAGAUUAUUUGCUGAAGUGUUUUUCCUGAAUUAAUAAUAGUUCUUAAUAUCAUUUUUUUCUAGUUAAAGAGAUUGCUGUUCCCCCAAUAAGUGUUGCUUCUGUUAGUCCAAAUGAUUCAGCUAUACAAUUGCCUGUAAGUACAUGAAAUUUUAAAGUAAAGGAUAUUGCCAGUAUCACGCUGGCAAAACAUAAGUUUUGUUACACCUAGACGUCAUGAUUUUAAAUAUCCAGCCCAACAGGAUGCACACCACCAUCCCUCCAUGCCUGAUUCAGCCCUCUGGAAGUGUCUUCUGCAUAAACCCUACUGAAAUGAAAAAAAGUUAAGCAACAAUUUUAUUAUUUAUAAGGCAAUUAAAGCAUAACAUAAACAAUAAAACCAUAUGAAAAUCAUUUUACAACCAAUUCCAGCAAUUAUUGUAAGAUAUAGUCUUCAAUAGGUGGUAGCAUGUGCAGUCAAAAAUAACAGCCAAUAUUGCAAUGGGAAGGGGGAGCAGCUGGGUAAAUGAGGAAGUUUUUCACUUGUGUUGUAAACAUAGAAGGUACAUCCUGUAGGAAGGCUGUAGGAAGGCUGUUCCAUAUGGUAGGUGCUACUACUGUAAAGUCCCUCUUCUUUUAAAAGAUUGUGGUACCAGCAAGUGGGCCUCAGUCUGCUGAUCUCAGUUUGCAAGUAGCUCGACAAGGGAGAUGGCGUUCCCUCAGGUAGCAUGAUCCCAAGUUGUUUAGGACUUAUAAACUAACAGUAGAACCUUAAACUUGGCUUGAUAGCAAAUGGGUUUGUUCAAGACAAUGAAUGGUGCUCCCUUGAACUGCAGUUUGUGAAUCAGUCUUAAAGGGCAACCCCAGUUACAGUGUAUUGCAGUAAUCCAUUCUCAAGGUUACCAAUACAUGGAUUACUGUAGCCGAGCUAUCCCUGUCCACUAAUGAGUGUAGUUGGUAAACUAGCUGAAGUUGGUAACAAGUGGUAAAUAUCAGCAAGGACAUUCUCUUGUUUUUGAAGUAGCUUAUCAAAUGAUGGCCUCCAAUUUUGAAAAAUAUAUGCAAGGAAAUAGGAUUUUAAAAAAUGUUUAUAGUAGUCCAGCCAGCAGAACCCAUGGAAGAGAACAAAUGAGUAAUUUUUUCUAGCCAUCAAAAUCAAAAGUCAGAAGUGUUUUUAACUGAACACAUGCUUUUAUUCUUAAAUCUCAAAAAUUUAUUUUGCAUAACUCUUGGUCAUUUCAGUGUGUUUCUAGAUGCAGAUGACAGUGCAAGAAUGCUGUCAGUAAAGCUGUAGCUGAACAAGGCAAUUAUGGAGUCAAGUAUUGCCCUGUAGGUCUGGAGAAAUCCUACUUUAGGCAACUCAUGUAACAGAAAAGCAACUUCUAGAGAGAAGGGGGCAGAUACAAUUUCUUGUUAUGUAGACCAUCCAUACUCUAAUGAAACUUGUUGUCCAAACCACAGAAAACUUCACCACCAAAGCAGAAUGCAAGAAAAAAAGAACGAAGGUGGUAUGAUGUUGGCAUUUUUCAAAGCAACAGUGCUCUAGUGAACCAGUUCUAUUUGUUGCAGGAAGAAAAGGCCAUAAUUUCCAGCAAGGUAACUGUUAAUUUCUUUACCUACGUAUUCUAACAUGACUUUUCCCCCGUUUGAACAUUUUUAUUAUUUUUCUUAGUAUCUAGUAUUCAUUCAUUUUGUUGGGAAAUCCAUGCCACCUUUUGUUGCAGAUAUGUGGAUUGUUACAUGUCACAUGUCUGUUUACAUUCCAGCACAGAUUGCUGGCAUGAUUUAUGUAUAAUAAAUGCAUAGUUUAGUAUUGUAUCCACACCUCAAGCCUCAUCUGUUGCGCAGUUUACACUGCUAAAUAAUGUAUGCACUGCAGCUUGAGUCACAGACACAUGUUGGAGCAGAGUUCGAUGGAUCUCCAGAGCAGCAAGGCUGAGAGGGGAGAUGCUCCAGCUGGGGCCAAGCCAGCUGGCUUUUCACCCCCCGGUUCCGUCACAUUUAUGUCUUUGUUUAAUCUGCUUUUUGAGAACCAUGCUAUACAAAGCACCAUGUAAGAUAUGUAAAAUAAAAACGCAAACCUCAAUAUAAUAUAGAGUAAAUGUUGUUUUCAUAGGAAUUUCAAAAUCCGUUUCAAUAGGCAGACUGAAUAUCCAUUGGGUAUCUAGUUAAAUCACUUUAGAGUCCCACACUCAAUAGACUAUCAGCCUAGAUUUUGUACAGUUCAGUGUUUUUUAUUUCAUAUCUAUUGUCCUGUGGCUUUUGCAUUAUUGCUGUUUUAUGCUCGCAAUUGUUACCUGUUUUCAUGUCCCAUCCUCCUGCCCCCUAAGUUACUUUAAGAUCCCCAACUCCUAGGAUCUCCUAGAAAGAUUUGUCUGCAAGCACAGCCAAAGUUAAGCACAUUAGAAUCCCACUUACCACAAUGGGAAAGGUUUAAGUAUAUGGUCAGUUGCUUCAUUAUUAUUACUAUUUUAAAUAUAUUUUUUAUUAAAGAUUUCUUGGUUUACAAAAGUCUGUGCAGUGUCUCUUUUUUCAAGUUACAUUUUCUACAGGUCAGUUUCAUUUGUUGACACAUUAGUGUUACAUUAGGAAGAAAAGGGGGAAAGAGGUGGAGGGGGCCAUGGUGGGUGGGGGAGGGGUCAGUUGCUUCAUUGACAUCAAUGGCUUUGAAUGCAUUCAGGUUUGCCUGAACUGUGCUCCUUACAUCUUUAAUAUUGCUAAUGACUUCUUGUACAAGGAAGCUGAACCUAGCAGGAAUUCAGGAUUCACCAUCUGCAAAGGAAUAGCAUGCUAGUUUCUUUAGAUUAUUUUAAGAAAUAUGGGUCAAAUUAAUGUUUAAUUUAUAUGUCUUUGUAUGCUUUUUUUUUUUAAACUUAGGUAGAUAAUGCAGAUAUUCCAAACAACAGUUUACUUAAGAAACAGGAUCUUGCUCCUGGCACUUUAUACAGGUUCAGGGUUGCAGCAAUUAACGGCUGUGGCGUAGGGCCAUUCAGUAAAGUCAGCGAAUUUAAGACCUGUAUCCCAGGAUUUCCUGGAGCACCUUCCAUUGUCAAAAUUAGCAAGGUAAGAAAUGAUAGCCAUGCGGAUUUGUGUGUUUGUUCCAUGCAAAGCUAAAGAGGCCACUCUUAGACCUCACAAUUCUUGGUAAAAGUCAGUGAUGGCAAUAUAAGGUACACUGAGCAAAGUAAGCAGACUUGAAAUUGAAAUAAGCAAAAGUCAGGGGAGGAAAUCUGGCUCACAGAACUAUACCUCAGAAUGCAUAAAAUCUUAAUCCAGUUUAGCAUUGUGGCUGUCAGCAUGAGCUGUGAGCAAGGACUCUUCAUUUAAAUUUCAGGUCAGGCAUAUUAACUCGUUGGUUGGCCUUAGGCAAGAUGCUGUGUUUCUGCCUCAGCCCCAUAUCUGUAUUGUGUAAUAUAUUAUUACAUUUUUUCCAAACUUAGUGCCCAUCAGAUCUUUUGGACUACUGUUCCCUAUCAGCCCCAGCCAGCUUAGCCAUGCUGGCUAGUGCUGAUGGGAGUUGUAGUAUAAAACAUCUGGAGAGCACCAGGUUAAAGAAAAGAAGCUUGUAUUAUAAUAUAGCUCUACCAUUGAGGAUUACUAGAGAAUUACUCAGGAAAAUAUAUACGGAGCACUUUUUUGUGCAUUACAAACACUAAUUGCCCAUUCUCCUAGGUUGGGGCAGUGGUAAUUGCCUAUCCAGGGUCUGAGUGCAGAAUCGAAGCAUGUGCUCUGUGUUUCCCCCUCACUACUGAGGAACCUUAACCUGAUUUCACAUACCUGAAAUUAAAGGAAACAGCCCUGUUCGCAAAUGGCUGGGUACCCUAAAAUCUCUCUUCUCCCAAAUUAAACCUGAAAUAUAAAUCUUAUUCUUUAUUCAUUAACUAAUGAAACUUUAUAUGCUAGUACCUACACAAUGUGAAAUUAAUUUCCCGUUUCCCCUCAGAGUGCAGAUUGUAUUCACCUUUCAUGGGAACCUCCAGUUUCGCCUUCAGGAAAUAUCUUGGAAUAUUCUGCCUACUUGGCUAUAAGAACCACCCAGCUGAAUGAAAAUCCUCAUCAGCUUAUGUUCAUGAAAAUCUAUUGUGGCCUUAAGACCUCAUGUACAGUGACUGCUGCCCAACUUGCAAAUGCCCACGUUGAUCACACAUCCAAACCUGCCAUAGUUUUUAGGAUUUCAGCCAAGAAUGAAAGGGGAUAUGGACCAGCCACGCAAGUUCGAUGGCUCCAAGGUAAAGGGGGUGAUUUAUUCAGACACCCUGACUUUUCUCUAUAAUAUGUACAGGUUGUUUGUUUGUGGGAACUUGUUCUUUAGUAAUACAUUUGUAUAACUGUCAAGUCAAAAUUAGCUACUGGCAUAUAUUUUAUGUUUGGAAAUCAUGAGACACUUCGUCCAAAUGAUUAGCUCAACAUAGUCAGGCUGUUGUGGGUUGCGCAAUAUGGGUUGUAGGUUGCAUCGGCAUUUCAUUGGGCAGAUGUGCAAAACAGAAGGGCCAAAAGCCACUUCUCUGACUUUCUGUAGCCAACUCACAUCUCUUUGUAGGAACAUCUGUUUAUCAACAGUUCUGGUCGCCUUUCUUAAAUUGGGUGUCUUGGCACUGGAAAAGAUGCAGCCAAUAGCUGCCAAAAGUAUCAGAGUGUUGGAACACCACCUCUAUGAGGAAGGACUAAAGAGUUGGAAGCUUUUUAGUUGAGAGGAAAUAUCUCUAUGGGGGGACAUGAUAAAAGAUACAUGCAAUCAUGCAUGGUGCAAAGACACACACACACACACACACACACACACCCUCUUCCUGGGAAGAACAUUCCACAACAGGGGAGCCACUGCAGAAAAAACUUAGAGAUUGCUUAGAGAUGAGGAUCUGGGGUUGUGGGAGAAAAAGAAAGAAAGCACUGGGCUAAAUAUGUAUAAAAAUGUUUACCCACAGUUAACAUAGCAGUGUGGCCUUCAAUAAAAAUAAAAAUUGUCCCAUAGAGUGAUUUGAGGUGUGUACCCCUGAAAUGUGGGGUGUCACUGUACCAUUGCACGUAAUGAAAUGUGGGGUGUCACUGUACCAUUGCACGUAACGCUUUGGCCCCUAGAAGACUUUCACAAGGCUAGGAGAUGGAAAAUGAAUCUCCUUUUCAUGGGGCUUCACUGUUUGUUAUGAUUGCAAGCUGGCAUUUGCAGGGUAGUAAAUCCAGACUUUAAGUUCAAUUACUCUUGAUAUUAAGUGGUUUAUCUGUAUCGAAUUGAACAUGGCUGUUCCGGAUGUUGGAAAUCUAAAGCAACUUUUUCCUCUUCCUUUGCAGAAACGAAAACAUCAAGUUCAAAGUAGAAAUGGCACAUUGUGCUGCAAGUUGUGAAAUAGCUGUUAGCUCUCAUGGCGUUUUGUAACUCCGUCAGAUAUUUCAUUUGAUAUUGUCUUAACUUCACAGCAUCAGCGUUGUACAGUCUUGCAGAACUGCACCUGCAGUGGCUGCAUUUUUCAUACCACUUUAUCUAGUAAGGUCACUUUAUAGAGUCCCACGCUGAUAACUCAGAGGAUUACAUAUGCAUCUAGAUUUUUGGAGAGUCUUCCUUCCAAUAGCUCCCAACACAUAGCUCCCCAGUUGCAUUAGCUUCCAACGGAUGUAGAAGGGCUGUAGCUCAGUCGCAGAGCAUUUGCUUGCAUAAAAAAGGACUCAAGUGCAGUUUGGCAUCUCUAGAGAGAAUUGGAAAAGACUCCUCUCUGGAGAGCCCUGUCAGUCAGUGUAGACAUUAUUGAGCUAGAUAGACUAAUGGUCAGACUCAGUAUAAAGCAGCUUCCUGUGUUCCUAGACGUAGAUGCUCAGUUUUAUUUUAAAAUUUGCAGAAUUUAAAGAGCUAGUUUGUGAUUUGGCACGAGAACCAUUUUCAAAGAGAAGCCCAUCUGAAAGAAUAACACACAAACUUGUGUUGAAUUCCCUUUGAACUGUUUUUAGGGCAAACCUACGGUGCUUCCAGGUGGGGAAUUACUACUGUAAAUGGGCUAUUCAGAUAACACAAACUGAUUAUUGGCAAUGAUUUUUGUAAUUCAUUGGAUUUUCCUUGAAAAGGGGGAAAUCAAGCUUUAAAGGGGGAGAGAUAUGGGCAGGCACUUGGAUGCCUACAACAUUGUGUGGACACUGCAAACAACAACAACUUGCACGCAUGAGAAUCCCACAAUAAACACCUGUCUGGAAGCAUAACCCCCAGAGAAGCUUAACAUACAGUUUGGGGGUUUAUUUGGGGAACAGCUGAAAGAAAUGUUUCCCCAAACUGGUUAUUUGCAUAUCCUUGUGGAUUGGAGUCCAUAGAACUAUUACAGAACAUGUUGUUCAAAGAUGGCAGUAAAUAUAUCACAUUAGAGAUGCUGAAAGUAAAGUAUUUGGUUUGCAAACAUAACAGCAAUUGCCUUUAUAUGUUUAAUGCUGAUAGACUGAAUCAAAAUUUACCAAUUAAGCUUUUUCAGAUGAAUGUGAAUUGUCUCCCUUUUUCCCCUAUACCACUUUAGUAACACAGGGGUUGUUGCAAAUACACUGCUUUCUUUCACGACCUUUGUAUAGGCACCAUACCAGACACGAUCUUGCCCAUACCAGAAAAUAAAAAAGCAUAGGAAGGUUUUAUGUGUUUAAAUAAAAUAAAUAUCCGUAAGUCUGCAGGGUAUGCUGAGAUUCUCCGUAAUUUGUGGAGAAUGAGUGGAGUGAGUUUGUCAGUUUGAAAAUCAAGCAUGCAUUUCCUUCUUCCCAUGUAUUCAAAUUUACUGGUGCGAACGACAACCAGUACUAUUUUUCUAGAAAAAGAGGUGCCAGAAUUCACCAUGAACACCUCCCUUGUUCUCUUAUAAUGGCAGUGGCACCCAUUGAAGAGGUGCUGUAACUGAGUUCUGGUGAGUUCCUGGUGAAAAAAAGCCCUCUUACGGGAGAAGUCUCUGAAGAGCUCAGCAUUGGUCUCUGCGCUGAGGCAGCAGAUCUUGUGCUCUGCUCCCCUGGCAUUCUUCCGUCCAAGCAAGAAUUAAAAGAAUUCUUCCACCUAAGCUGAUGGCUAGCUGAGGGAUGAGUGGACAUCUUUCUCAAGGAUGGGCUGCUUUCAGCUGCCAUUUCAGGCUGGACCUGUUACGCCCACUUCAAUGCCUUUUAAGACUCUAUGUGUAUUACAUGGCUUGUACUUUACAACAGAAACAUGGUGAAAAGAUGCCAGAGGGCAAAGGCAAGUCUUCCAAAAAACUGACCAAUUGGUUAGACAAAGCGACAUCACAUAAUCAAGUCAGCCCUGAAGACUCACAAGCGAAUGCAAAAGAUAUAGGAGCAGGAGUUGCUCACUCCCCAUCUUGAUCUUCAUGCAGAUCUGUUCUCCUUUGGCUUAUAUUCCAUAUUCAUCAUGUUAUCUUAGUGCUAGGCAAGUUAUUUCAGUUUACAGUAAAUUAAAAUGUAUAGAAUAUUUUAAUAUAUUCAUUUUUGUAAAGAUUUUUCUAGUGUUUGUAAACACAUUCUAAUCUUGGAAACUAUCCCCUGAUGAUAUGCAAAUUGCUCAACUGGUCAAAUCUGUUAUGAAAAACAAACUUAGUGUAAAUGCACUACUCUUAGUUUCUCGUGGGCAUGGGAACGUUAAAUCUGUAGAUAUUUUGAAUGUUUACAAGAGUCUUUACAUGUUAAAGUCCUCCAUGAUGUAUGCUUCAUUUUUUUUAAAAAAAGAAAAGAAAACUGUAUGCUUUGUUGUGGCAUAUUCAUGCUAUUUUGCACUAAUAAGAAUUUAACUUUGUAACAUUUUUGUGUUGUUUCCAGAAAAUUUCUGUAGUGGUCUAAAGUUACAAGCAAAUUUGCACAUAUUUGCAUGCUUCUGUGGCGUACAUUUUUCUUUUCCCAUUAAUUUUCUCAAUGGCUUGUUUUUGCCUUAGUUUUUAUAUCCUAAUAGUGUUGUUUAAUAUACUUUUACCUUGAUCAUCUUAUCACUAAUGUGCCAGCCGCUUCAGGCUCCUUCACUUUUUUCCUACAAGGGAGUAGAGAAAAAACAGCAUGUGCACUGCAAAAAAAGACACCAGGACAAUGUUCAUCCAUGGCAGAGUACAUGGCUAUGCAUAUUCACCCUACACCUUUGUAGCAAAAAUGUUGUGCGUGAAGCGAUCCUUAAUAGGAAUGUUAAUCUGUUCCUAAACACACAAGUGUACUAAAUAGAGGCAGUUGGAUGCCGUUUUAUAAAUAAAUAGUUAUUUACCAAAUUAUAGAGUAAAAUAGCUGAAAUAUGCCAGUAUGCUUAGUCAGCCUUCACCAGCCUGGUGCCUCCACAGCUGUGCGGCAUCUGAUGGGAGUUGUAGUCCAAAACAUUUGGAAGUCACCAAGUUGUCAAAGGUUGCACUAGGUGAAUAUAGCGUAAGGCACAAUCCAACAGGGACAUGGCUUUGUGAACAGCUGUGCUAUUUACAUUCAUUUGGAUGGGCCCUGUGCAGGUUCCUAUGGAUUGCAUCCUUUGGCAUUUAAAUAAGAUUAUUUUGUUUUGAAACCUGGCUAAAUGCAAAUGUGCAAUAAAGUGAAAAUUUUGCACUUCCAUUUUUUUUCUAUCAAUGCCUAAUAAAUUAAAGAGGGGAAGUACUUGAUCUACAAGAUCAGUUUUAAAGUGGAUAGGGUAAUGCUAGUGGUUUGCAAUCAUUCCUUGUUCACUCUAACAGGACUUCUUUGAGGAAGGCUGCUAGUAGUCCAUUUUGAAAUGGGGAAACUGAAGGUGAGAGAAUGUGACUUGCCCAAAGUCCAUGCAAAACCCAACUCAUCUAGUUUCAUCCCCAGCAGCGACUAAGACGGUAAGGAAAAGAGACUUGGUCAAAUGACCACCAAGAGAUUCAGUACAUCAGAACUUGUGGCCUUUCCUUUAACAGUAGAAUACUAUCUUCACAGUAGAUAUGUUGGCACAGUGUAAGUACUGCAGCACAAUCGAUAGUGCCAUGAAAGACCAAUGGCAAACAUUUCUUAAGUGUUCUUGAAUCGAUAAAAAAUUAAGUAGCACUUUCUGUUGGCUACUCCCUAAAGAAGGGGGGGGGUUUACAUCAAUUAAGUUGUGUCUAUGAUAAUGAGAGAUGUCAAUUGAUUAAUAUGAGGCUUGGUGUAUUUUAUAUAUCAAGCUAAACAUGCCAGGCCACUCUUAUAACUGCACACCCAGUUAAAUGGGUUAUACAUCGAGUUCAUCAAUCGAACUUUACAUGUUCAAUUUUUAUGUUGGAAAGGUAUCAGUCAUGGAACUUUAUAAUACUGUGUCAGUUUUGUUUUCCUAAGGUGCGCAGGGUGACAUUAAUGAACAUUUAAGUUACACACCCUUUUUAAAAUUAUCCCCAUUUCAGAAAAAGUAUGUGAAGCUGCCGUAAGAUUCUGAAUGUCCUUGGUAAUUAAAAUUAUACAAGCUACACAAUGAGUACAGAAUAUCUUGGGACCUAAGAUAAGACUUAGGUUGUUCUUAACUAGUGCUGUGAAAUCUAAACUUCAGGAAACGUUUAAGGUCAGAGGGUUAUAUCCAACAAUCGUUGCGCUUGUGGAGCAAAUUCCACUCUUGCAGCGGAACAUUUCCUCCCCUCUCCCCGUGUACCCCUGAAUCUGCUCUUGGGCUUCCUUCAGGGCCCCAGAACAGAUUUGAGAGGUGCAGGGUCACAGGAUGGGAGAAUUUCCAUUGUGUGAGUGGAUAUCCUUCCACACCUGGAGUGACUUCAUUGAAUUCAACCCAGUCUUCAAAGCUAAAGGAAGGCCUUCAUAGUGAAAUAAAUGCUAUUGCCAGAACCUUAGUUCUUCCCUGAAUUGUCAUAAACAAGCAAUGUGCUUCCCUCCUUCUUGGUGUCACCACACACUACUUCCAACUCUGGAUUGGAUCUAGAGCUGCCAUAGGAUUGUAAAGAAACUUUUCAUAUUAAGGGGGGGGGGGAUCUAAACAAUUGUGUGUUUGUUUGUUUUUUAACUUUUUUAAGGGAGGCAAGCUGUGGCAGAAUGUGAGAAAUCUUGUGUGGCUACUUAGCUACAAAUAACUUUUGAUUGUAGAUACAUUACUUAACAAUAUGAUCUGUUGAGUAUAUCUGUGAGUAUUUUUGCACUUUGAGUUCAUGUUUCUGCACUUGUUUUUAGGGGUAUGUCAUGACUACCAAAGGUAAAUUUGUGGCAGUGUUAAUCCAGACAUGAUUUUCAGUGUAAGUGUGCUUAUGCCAAUAGGAUCUUAUAUAAUUUAUCAUACGUCUACAGUCUUCCCCUAUAUACAUGAGAUUAGUAACAUGCUUAUCGGUUUUCUGUAGCUAUCCCCCACCCCAAUUGUAUAACUAUUUUUGUGGCCUGUUUCUGUCAAUAGCACUUAAAAUAUAUAAAUCCCACUUUAAAUUUUAUAUUUGAGGCCUAUUCUGUGUAGCGUAAAUAUCUAAUCAAUAUAUUUGGAUAUCUGACCCAUUAGAAUUUCACUGAAAAUAUAAAUUAAAUCAGGCUGUUUGAGAAACUGGUGGAUGCUCUUUUUGUUUGCAUUUGUUAAAAUGUAUGUGCAACAUCUUGUAUAAAUCCGAAUCCAUCUUAUAGCAACUUCAAGGAAUAAUGGACUUCGUAUGAAAAUUAUAAGUAGAAACAUCCAUGCUAUUUAUGACAUACUACAUCCAUUUAACUUAAGAUGUUUUGUGACAAUGAAUAUAUAGCUAUGUGAACAAGUAACUGGCCAGAUUUGCAUGAUUAUAUCUUGACUUAAUAAGCCACAAUAUGAAAAAGACUUUUGGUUGCACAUGUAAGCCCUUUGGAUUUUGGGUAGUCAGAAUCAGAAGCCUCUUAUUAACCAUAGUUCCCUAUUUUGUCUGAACUAGGAAACUAUGGUCAGGAGAAGUCAGAAUAUUAAACCACUACUUGAAGUUGGUUUAUUAUUCUCACUUAUUCCAAAAGAGGCAACGAUCAUUUCCCAGUGUGGAAACAACGGGAAACUGUGGUUGAAUAGAGGCUUCCUGGUUGGAAAGUGCUGUCAAAAGGCUAUCUUUGUUUCUUGAGGCAAGAUACAUUUACAUGAAUGCGGCCAUUAUUAUGUAUGAUUUAUAGCAAUAUUUGACCAUAGUUUCUAAGUAGAGCACAUCAGCAAGCCAUAAACUUUAACAAAAAUGGUGUCAGUUAACUGGAAUGUUGAGGAUAUGGUUAAAGCCAGCUAGUUACUGUCUUAUGGCUGAAAUAGUCUCUACAAAGAAAUCCAGUAUUUUGUACAACAAAAGUAGCAUUGUUCUUUGUAAUAAUAAAGUGAUUUGUCCUAAUAA